CCGAAGGUAAAGUUGUUCCUAAACCCAAAUCUGAAUUCACUGUUGAUGAUUAACGUAAACUCGAGCAUAAUGCCCAAGCAUUGAAAUAUUUGAUCUGUGGACUUGGUCCGGCUGAGCACAACAGUGUUCUUGAAUGCAAAUCCGCAAAACAAAUGUGGAAUUUACUCGAGGUUACACAUAAAGGUACCUCGCGUGUAAAAAGAUCCAAAAUUGACAUAUUUAUGCGCAAUUACGAAUUGUUCGUGAUGAAGCCUAAAGCGUCAAUUCGGGAUAUGGUUACACGCUUUACUAAUAUUAUAAAUGAGCUUUCAGCACUUGGAAAGGAUAUUACUGUGGAAGAUCAAGUGAGAAAAGUUAUGAGAAGCUUACCCUCCGCAUGGAAGCCCAAAACUACGGCUAUAGAAGAAGCUAAAGAUCUCUCCACCAUGACGUUAGAAGAUUUGACCGGUUCGCUCAUGACAUAUGAGUUAGGCCUACAAGAAGAACAAGAUGCCGAAAAUGUGAGGAAGGAGCGAGGAAUUGCUCUCAAGGCUCGAGAGGAAGAAGAAGAUUCCGAAAGUGAAUCGGAAGAUGAAAUGAGCAUGUUUGCCAAGCAAUUCGGAAAGAUGUACUGAAAAUUCAAAGGCAACCGGAACAAGCAAGGUUAGAAAGGGGUUCAAUCUUUUAAUAACCAAGGUUGUUUUGUUUGUGGGUCCUUUGAGCAUAGGGCAAAAGACUGUCCUCAAAAGAAAAAUGAUAGAACCUACGACAAGAACAAGAUCAGUUCUCACCGACGGUCCAGUGAAGAUAAAGGGUUCAACAGAGACCUCAAGAAAGCAAUGAUGGCAGCUUGGGGAGAUUCAUCCGAUGAUGAAGAAGAAGAAGAAAAAGCCAUAAUCAUGCAGGGUUAUGCCUCAUGGCUAAUUCUGAUGAAGAAUCCGACCAAGAGAACUUCGAGGUCUGGGUUCCACGCACUAAACCUUAAUACUGGAACAACGCCGAGUGAGGGGGAACAAUCACUGGUUCCUAGACAGUGGUUGUUCUAAGCACAUGACAGGAGAUAAAUCUUUAUUCCUCUCACUAUGCCCAUUUAGUGGUGGAAAGGUGACGUUUGGAGACAACAACAAAGGAGAAAUCAUUGAUGUGGGAAAAAUUGGAAAGUCACCUGACCAUGCAAUAGACAAUGUUUUCCUAGUCAAAGGUCUAAAGUUUAAUUUUCUUAGCAUUUCUCAGUUUUGCGAUCGAGGUAACAAUGUAGUUUUUGAUCAUAAUGUAUGCCGCAUUGUCAAUAACGAAUCUCAGCAAGUCAUACUAGAAGGCAAGAGACUUGAAAAUUCCUAUAAAGUUGAUCUCGACUUGUUGCCAAGCAUAAGUCUAACUUGCCUAAGCGUUAUUGACAAUGAUCCCCUACUCUGGCAUAAAAGGCUGUGCCACGCUAGUUUUUCAUUAAUAAAUAAACUCAAAAAUAAUGAAUUGGUAGUCGGGCUACCUAAAAUCAAAUAUUCC